UAUAAACAUAAGUAAGAGUUUAUUUCCGAUCCUGUUACAGGCAAAAGUGAGUUUCUUCUGCAAAGGUCAGCCACCGAUGUUAAUUGAUGAUCCCCGCUACAGUGAAAUUUUUCAGAAAGUUGAGAAGACAAAGUAUCCGACAAUGCCGGAAGUGUUGCAGUACAUUGAAGAUUUCUUCACUAAAGACAGCGACACUGAACUGAUUUUUGGUACUGACUUUACCAAGGAUGAACGUGAAGAAAUCCAAAUGUUUGCCAGGAUUCGCAAGCUAGGGUACCGUUUCUAUGCAUCAAAGGCAACAGAGAAGGAAGCAGACCAUAUUGUGGUCUUCAUCAAACGCACUCCUCAGUACUUACGAGACAAGCUAAUAAAGAGUAAGGAAGACCUGAAGUAUGUGCUGAUCCCUCCGAGUGUUGUUGGGGAAAACUAUGACAGCCAUAUAAACAAGUAUGAGCAGGAACAUUUCAAAGAAGAGGAGAAAUUGGUCCAUAACUUCUGGAAAUCAGUGAGAGAAAAUUAUAGAAAAGACAGUGAAGAAAACCAAGUAAUAAAAGUAAUAAAACCAGAAAACACAAAACAAGAAAGUAUAAAACAAGAAAGUAAAAAUCAAGAGAGUGUAAAACAAAGAAAUGUAAAGCAAGAAAGUAAAAGAUUAGGAGUUUCAGGUAGAAAUGCAGUUAGUCGAAAUACUAAAUCUACUGGAAGAUUUGGUGCAAAUAAACGCCAGUACCAAGAGUACUCCAGGUUUGAUGAUCCGUCACGUUUCAGGAAUGACUACAUGCAGCUUCAAAAUGGCCGACACCGACAAGUUGAAGGUCCUCCGCCUUCCAAACGUCCACGCCAAGAAGGUGCAUCUCUACCAAGCAAUCUUCCACCCAAGAUCAGCUGGGAUAUUUGGCAAAAGCUGCAACCACUCCUGAUUGUCUGGCCUCUCACCAUCUGCAGUCGGCUGGAAGAUAGAGCCACUUUGGUACUGGACGCUAACUUCCACGUUGAGUACUUUGAGGAUGACCACGGUUCUAUUGCAGUUGUGAUUAGGUUCCCAAUGCGCAACGGAACCGAGCGAAGAUUCAGUGUUUCUAUAGCAGAAACUAAAAAUAAGGCUGCCGAUUUCGCUCUACAGAAAAUGCUGAGACACAGUACAGUGAUCAAGCCAAAUCCUGUCUACUUGUGUGAUGGAGGAGUGCCGAACUUUAUCAGGUAUAAAGUUCCAUGUCAAGCAUAUCCUCGAAGUUACAUAAUCCUGACCGAGUAUGACACUGGACCUCUGUCUCUUAGUGGAAUCAGAGAUAUUUUUGACACCUUCAGAAGCAGCUUCAAUGAAGAUUUGUUCUUUGACAAGGAUGGCUACACGUUCGAUGAAAAAAUGACGAUCAUUGAGGAAGCACCUAAAUUCAACCUGAAUGUUCGCCAUUUCGGAGACGUCCCAGGCGUGGUCAAUCGUUAUGUGUGCGUCUACAAGACAAAACCCAAGGAACAAAUUCUGGAGGAGGUGCUGAAGAUGCGUGGUGCACAUCCCAAGUACACCAUAACCACUGACCGUCUGCCACCGCAUCUCGGACUGAACGUCUUUUAGGGAGACCUAAUCAGAGUUAUUUAGAGUGGUAGAAGAGAACCACAAGAUUGGGCUACUAUUAUCAAUAAGUAACAGUAAUUAAUUACUUUGUAUUUUGCAGUGUGUUCUUUUACGUUGUAGACUUGUAUUAUUUUAGUUUAAUUACAUCAAACCUUAAUUAAAAUGAUCAUUCCAA